AUGACAGUUCCAGGAAAAGGAGACAGGUACCCGAAGGUGGGCGGUAGAACCCGGCCAAGCCAAAACCGUCCGGCGCUCCGGGACCGGCCGCACCUGCCACCGCACCUGCCGCACCUGCGCGCCCCACCACCCGCGCUCGUCUACGGUGCCCCGCGCCACCUAGCCGCUCACCUCCGCCCGGCCCGGCCCGGCCCGUCGCCGCGGCCCCCGGCCUGCGCCGCUCCAUGCGCUCAGCCCGCCCUCGGCGCCGCCCGCCGCCCCCGGGCCACCGCCGCCCGCGCCAUCGCGCCGCCGCCGCUCGGAGGGCACAAUGGAGCCGCCGCCGCGCUGCUCAUGCAUAUGCAUGACGCCGCGCCGCCGGCCCCGCCUCCCAGGCCAGAGCAGCAGAGCCCCGAGCGGUGCUCCAGAGGCUCGGGCAGGGGCGAAUGCCGGCCUGCAUGGCCGGGCUGGGCCGGGGCUGGGCCCGGGCGGCGACAGGCUGCCGUGCAGGAAGUUCAGUGCGCCCGGCCUGCACCCUGCGUCCCCUCCGCACCUUUGCGACCGCGGCGUCGGAGGAGCCCUGUGCUCUUCCUGCUGCUGUCCACCGGGGCGGGGCCGAACGGGGGUGGGGCUAUCUAG